GAUUAUUGAACCAGAUGCUUUUGAUAAUGCUCAGUUGCCUGAAUCUCCUCCCAGCCUUUGACUAACAUUCCAGCCUUCCUGGGUCCUGGCAAUUUCAUCAAUCUAGAAACUUGUGGAGUGGGGAUUCUUGCCCCAAAGUAAAGUCUUUAUCUCCCUUUGGAGAUAGUUAUUCAGCCUCAAUGUCCUUUCAAGAACUCCUGAAUCAAGUUGGAAGCCUAGGGAGAUUCCAGAUCUUUCAGAUAGUUUUUCUUUUCCUCCUCAAUGCCAUUGUGAUACCUCAUAUUUCAAUGGAGAACUUUACUGCAGCCAUUCCCAAUCAUCGCUGCUGGGUCCCCAUCCUUGACAAUGACACUGCCUUUGAUAAUGGCAGUAGGAUCCUGAGCCAAGAUGACCUCCUGAGGAUCUCCAUCCCCCUGGAUUCCAACCUGAAACUGGAUAAAUGUCGUCGUUUUGCCCAACCACAGUGGCAUCUUCUUCAUUUGAAUGGCACUUUCUCCAAUGUGACAGAACCAGAGACUGAGCCCUGUGUGGAUGGUUGGGUGUAUGACAGGAGCAACUUCCUUUCUACCAUUGUGACUGAGUGGGACCUGGUAUGUGAAUCUCAGGCACUGAAUUCUGUCACUAAAUUUUCACUCAUGAUUGGUCUAUUUAUAGGGAGUAUCAUAUGUGGCCAUCUGUCAGACAGGUUUGGGAGGAAGUUAAUUUUAACAUGUGCUUUAUUACAAUUUGCCAUCACUGAAACCUGUGGAGCUUUUGCCCCCUCCUUCUUCAUCUACUGCUCACUUCGAUUCCUGGCAGGGAUGUCUGUGGAACCCAUAACAGUAAACAGUCACUUGCUCAUGUUAGAAUGGACAAGCCCUAAAUUUCUAGCCAUGAUGACAGCACUUUCAUCUUGUGCUCCUAAUAUUGGAUUCAUGAUAUUGUCAGGCCUGGCUUUUCUAUUUAGAAUCUGGCAUCACCUCCAGCUGACAAUGUCUGUGCCAAUGUUCUUCUUCCUUAUAUUCAUAAGGUGGCUGUCAGAGUCAGCUCGGUGGCUGAUUGUGACCAACAAACCCCAGAAGGGCUUAAAGGAACUUAGAAAAGUUGCACACAUGAAUGGAAUGAAGAAUUUCGGAGACCUAACCAUGGAGAUUGUGAGAACAAGUAUGAAGGCAGAACUUGAGGCAGCAAAGACUAAACCUUCUCUAAGAGAUUUGUUCCAUACAUCCAUCCUACGUAAGCGGAUAUGUGUCCUGUCCUUUAUGAGACUUUUCUUUACAGUAUCAAUUUUUGGCCUGGCAGUUCACCUCCAACAUCUGAGUUCUAAUAUUAUCCUGUUGCAGUUUCUCAUUAGUGCAUUGGCCAUACUAGUCAGUGUUAUUGGACCUUUUGUACUUAAUCACAUUGGCCGUAGAAUAACCUAUCUGGUUGUCAUGUCUCUGAGGGGAAUCUUCAUUCUGAUUGCUGUAUUUGUACCUCAAGAAAUGCAGACCCUGCGUAUUAUUAUGGCCACAUUGGCAGGAGGAAUUUCUUCUCUAUGUGUGGGUGUUAGUCGUCUUCAUACAAAUGAGCUACUCCCAACCACACUAAGGGCAACAGCUAUAGGAGUCAUUGGAUUCUUCGGUAAUAGUGGAGUAUUCCUAUCCCCCCUGUUUAUGCUGCUAGCGACAUACUAUGCCAACUUGCCCUGGAUCUUCUAUGGAGGCUUCUCCAUCUUCAAUGCGUUUAGUGUGUUUCUCCUUCCUGAGACCAAAAAUCAGCCUCUUCCUGACUCCACCCAUGAUGUAGGAAAUAAUUGGAAAGAAUCAAGAAAAGGAAAGAAGGAGGAUCCCAUCAUUAAAGUCACAAGGUUUUAAGGAACUCCUGGAAUUGUCAUCUGAUCAAAGAAGAGAAGAAAAUGGUAUUCAGGACAUAGUGACAUUUUUCCCAGGAUCAUUACUCAGAAUUAUUCACUGAUAUUAUCAAAAUUAUUAAUAACUCAAGAUAAAAUAAAAAACUGAUCACAUUGGCAUUGCUGCAAUCGAUUACUAUAUGUCAAAUACCUAUGAGUAAUCACAUAGGUGAUUUGAAGAAUUGGAAAGAACAUUGAAAGAUUUGAAAAGUACAUUGGAAAAAAUCAUACUUGCCUAUUUUUGCAAUCAUGUACACCUGUUUUGUUUUGGGAAGGUAUACCUAUUCUAUUUUUCCACUUCUGUGAUAUAAUACCUGAGGAAAUAAAAGGAAGUAAUCCUUUUCCCCCCAAA